AACGUCGAUGAUAACGCAGAUGCGGAAGGACGAAGCGGCAAGAAUAACAGGAAGCCCACUGCCGGAUCGAUGCCUGGAUUUACAGGUCGGCGGUGGUUCGCUCCCACAGUCCAGACAUCUCGCGUUCAAGCAGACACCACGGACCACAGCGAUGAACGGGGGCCUGCCACCCAGGAAUGGGUGACUGUAUCUCCCACGGCUUCAUCGCGAGAGGGAUCUAUUUGUGUGGAUGAAGAUAUGGAAGCCGAAAUUCCCAAUACUAGACCCUUCCCUGACUCGCCUGUGGCGGGAUCCCUUAAUCGCAAGGAUCCCAGCGAAGAGUCCUCUGCCCGCCAAUCGUUCAAUACACCUCCAACAAACAAAACAAACGCCAGUAGGUCCACUAUUGGCGCAAAGGUCGGUAUCAACGGCGCCACCGCGGCGACCAGCACCAAGAUUGCGGACGUGCCCGCAGGUGAGCAAAAGGAAGACUUGCCUCUCGCAAACAAGACGAGUACUGGAAGGAGCGUACCGAGUCGCCGUCCUCGACCUCCCUACGUCGCCUCCAAGGCACCCAACGACAUCGUCGAUACUAUCCCUGGCAUGUAUCGGAUCCUAGACUUAGUCAACGAACAAGGUAGCGGCGGUUUAGUCGACAAGGUUAUUAUCAGUCAAGACUCGUUUGGACGCUUCGCCAAUGACAUUAGUCCGGGGGCGUACCAGUCUAUGACUCAUAUCAACUUCAAGGCCCUCGACGACCUUUCCGUCAGACCUAUAGGCAUAUAUGGUCCCAAAUCCGAGAUUUUACGCUACAUCAAGGAUCUGGGUUUGAUUAGUCGCGAGACCGCACAGAUACUUCUUUCUGGAAAGGACGACAUGCCUGCAACCAGAGCGUUACGCUCUGGGUUGUACCUCCUCCGCGACGUUCCUCGCGAUCUCGUAUAUGUCAUCUUCUGGCCUCAGGACGCAACCUGGAACGAUGACGCGAUCUCUUCUGUAAUUCGUAACAGGAUCACGUUCAUGCGGUACCUCACGAAGAUUGCUGAUCAAAUCGUCGCCCUUGUGCCAGAUGAUUAUUCUGACUCUAUGGUUCUGGCCGAGGAAGCACCCGCAGAGGAAGCUCUUGACCUCGACGACGACGACGAUAGGCUCUUUACAUUCCAGGUGAAGAAGACUCGCGAAGAGGAGGAGAACGUGAUCGCCACAGAGGGUUUCCAGAUAUCUAACUUGCGGCUCGCAUCUCAGCAUGCACCAGACGACCCUUCAGUGCCUGCAGAACUGUUAUGUCCACGGAUCGUCCCUGGAGAUUCCUGCCUCGGAGUUAUGUCGGUCAGCUACGAGAAGGCCAAGACCAUGACCAACGCGAAAAAUGAAGAUUUCCCUCGCACCCGACUGUUGGAUUUUAUCAAAAAGGGGUCAUUCGUUUUAUCCGGCUCUUUGUCAGAAGAUGCGUUCAGCAUUCUUGUCAGGCUUGGCUUGCCAGAUUUUGCGGAAGACGACUAUCGACAGCUGAAGGAGCACAGGGAAUCUCUGACAGCCGAGCUCAAUAACAACGAGUCGAAAGUUGUUGGUGGGUUGGAAAGAGCCCUUGCAGAUCAGAAUUCCCUGCUCGUCGACGCCCUCCACACGGAGACAGCUGAUGCAGUCGCGAGAACAUUCGGCGUCUUCCGCCUGGACGACUUGCGAACGGAACAGUCUGCUGCUGUUGAUCAUGCGAAAGCUGUGGAGUUACUUGAGCACUUGAGCGCCCUCCAUCCCGACAUCCAGAGGUAUCGUCGCGACAUGUUGUCUGACUACAAGCUCAAGAGCAUUCAGUCGAGAGGCUUCUCCGCUCAAAAAGAGAGGCUCAUCAAGUCGCAGUCAGCGGGGUCUCAGCGCAGCUCGGCAUCGGACCAGGCAGAGAGAGACCCCCAAGACAGAUCUUCCGAUACAUGGGCGAGUAGGGCUAAGAGUUUCUUCGUACCCGGCCUGAGGUCGCCCAGCGACGCAGAUUUUCUGCGCAUGCUCCCUGGUAUGAUGAGCUCUCCGGAGCUGGCGGCGGAGGCACAAGAGGCCUUCAACAUCGCACGUCAGUAUUUCACCAGCAACAUUUCAUCGAUAGUCAACAGAGUGGCGCGGAAGAUCGAGGAACUGCAACGCGACGAAUGCAGGAGGCAGCUGCAAGCUCACCGCAAGAACACCUUCGCAGUAACCUUGGACGACUCCAGGAAGGAAUUCAUAGUAAACACUCAGGACAGUUUCGUCCGCGACCCUGACAGGGUUUUUGUUGUAGAAAACGUCCGCAGCACUAAUACUCAUUCACAUUGGUCGUCCAUUGAGUCUUAUCGCCUCUUCGGCGUCGAGCAGUGGAAGAACGAGGCGUCUCUCAAGCAUGCCAUUGACUUGCUCCAACUAACCGAGACGGACAAACAAGCUAUACAGCUCGACAAGACCCACGUGCCCACUCCACGACUCCCGAACUCGGCCUAUUCGUUCAACUUGACUCUCAGCCAUCGCAUACUAUUUAUUCAGCUAUUACGUGACUCGCGCUGUUUGCUGAUAACCAGAAACGAAGUCCGGGGCGACGUGUCCAUAUACCUCGAACGACUCAUCGAUCUUGACAAUGCCGUCAAGGCUAGGCGGUCCAAGAAGACGCUUAGUGCUGACAAGCUACAUGGCAACCUCUUGUUCUCAUUCGACGAGACGAAGCGGAUUCUUGCUGUUUGCACAACCGAAAAAUUUCACAUACAUCCAUUUGUCUUCGAUGAGCAUUACCGAAGCUUGCAAGGCCUCGGGUCAACGAUCGACUUUGUGAAUUGGUACGAACCGCACACCGUAUUAACGCACAUGGUUUUUCGCUGCGCAGAUGAAGAGCUGCUGCUUGUGGAUAGCACGGGUCGAGCCCGUAUACUAUCUCUUACCACUCAGCAGUUUCGUCCGGCAUCUCUGCAGAUGGCAUGUUCUCCUCGGGAUGUGAAAUCUUCUCCCGACGGUUCCUGCUUCUUUUCCGUAGAAGCGCUUCCGAACAGGAUGAACCUACAGGCAUACCACUGGGCGAGCUUUGGCUCAACGCAGGGAAUUAGCAUCGAGCUUCCGGCUGUCGCUAUCGACUCUCUCGAGGUCACUUCGUUUGUGGACUGCACGCACUGCCAUGUAGUCAUCCUCGACAUCGCCUCGGCCAGUAUGCACUCCAAAGCCCUGCAUAUCUCGCACAAGAGCACCGAACUCAGCUUCCGCGCUGACGACCGGAAUUCCCGUCGACACCAUGGACAAAAGGCGACUGCUCAUAAUGCCAUUAUUGAUUGCUACCGCGACGUUUGGACCCGGUUUCCAGUUGUGCCAGCGGUCCGCAGGCAUACUUUCAAGUCUUCGCAACGAGCUCGCCGAUCGUUGACAUUCGUCUCGCCUCUGCCAUCAUAUCUCUUCUCCACGUACUUCUCCGAUAUGAUCAGCUCCUUCGAGCGUGUCACACGCAAACCAGUGGAAAACGAGCUGUCGAGCAUCGCAGUAUCCGGAGUGAAGUAUCCCGCGUUCAUGAAGCAGGGUACUCAGGCGGUUUCACAGUUAAGGGUGGGCGAAUGGCUCGUCGACAUCCUCUGCUUGAUUCCCAUCCACAUCGCGGUCGCCCGUGACAACCGAUUCGUCCCUCUGAAGGACGGCGUAUGGUCGCCCGACUUCGAGCGUGCCCUGCUCGGAGCGACGGUCGAGCAGGUUGUCGACAAGCUGUCUUUCGGCUGGUAUGAGUCCAUCUUCCAGUCGUACAUGGCUACGAAGCCUGUACGUGUUGUAUCGUCGAUAGGCGAGCAGUCUGUCGGGAAAAGCUUCGCUCUGAACCAUCUUGCGGAUACGUCGUUUGCUGGCUCUGCAAUGAGAACGACCGAAGGAGUCUGGAUGUCUGUAACUCCGACAGAUGAAUGUCUCAUAGUUGCGUUAGACUUCGAAGGCGUUCACAGUAUCGAACGUUCGGCGCAGGAGGAUAGCCUUCUUGUACUCUUCAACACUGCAAUUUCGAACCUUGUCCUCUUCCGCAACAAUUUUGCAUUGUCCCGAGACAUCGCUGGUUUAUUCCAGUCUUUUCAAUCCUCUGCCUCGGUGCUUGACCCAGCUGCGAAUCCAUCGCUCUUUAAGUCCGAAUUAGUCAUCAUCAUCAAGGACGUCGUCGAUUCUGAUAUGAGAGAGAUCACCAAGGAGUUCAGCCUGAAGUUCCAGCAGAUCGUACAAGCCGAGCAAGAGGGGAACUUCAUCAGCCGUCUGCAUGGCGGUAAAUUGGCCAUUAUUCCGUGGCCAGUCAUCGAAUCGCGUCAAUUCUAUACCUUGUUCACGACAAUCAAGAACCGUCUUGGCAAGCAACCGGUGUCCCACAGCAAGGCCGGAAUCUUCUUGCAGAUGAUGAAGACGCUGAUGGCAAAACUGAAGGCCAACGAUUGGGGAGCCCUAGAUCAAAAUCUUGCGACGCACAGAGCGCUGCAUCUUCAGGACGUACUCUCUCUCGCGCUGCAAUUUGGGAUGAGCGAAGUCGAACCGGAGCAUGAGCCGCUCAAGGCAAGUCGCGUUCUCCACACAUUCUUAUUCAGGUUAACAUGUGCGAACAUUCAGGAUAUCGACAACGGCGUAUCGCUAGCAUUGCCAAAUGGCGUCGCCAUGACGUUCUAUCUACCCGCUGCCGAUGGGUCUGAAGAUGUGAUAGCCAGCGACCGAUGCCUCAUGUCACUCCGCCGAUCCUGGGACCAGUUCCAGUCUCGCGAUGGUACAGCUGACCGCGACUGGAUUGACGGCCUCGAUCAAUAUCUCGAAGACUGCGUCAAGGCCCGGAUAGAAGACGUGCAGUAUUGGCUUGACGUCAACACGUCCCGCUUCAACUCAGACACAACCACGUUCCAGGCACUGCGGCGGCAGUUCGAGGCAUUAGCUGUUGCGUUGAGGGCCAGCGUCCAGCUGUGUAAGCUCCAGUGCGCGGAGUGUCAGCUAUACUGCGUGAAGUCACGACAUCACGCUGGCGGGCACGACUGUGAUACUUCGCAUCAUUGCAUGCAUGCAUGUGCUUUCCCCGAUGAACAUGCUGGCGAAGACUUAGCUUGUGGUCUACCGUAAGCCAUCAUGUGCUCUGUCGAACUCCGAUCGUG